AUGUCCCAACAAAAACAACCUUAUUCAAACGCAACCGAUAUAUCGACGUAUUGUGUAAUUUCUAACGAGGAAGUAAGACGUGUUCAUUGCCAUCUUUUUCCAAAUUUGAAAGCAACUACUGGUAAAUUGGCCGAUUUUCUUCCAAAUGUUUGUUAUUUCUGCAUUGUUGCAAUUAAAAAGAUGGAAGAAAAUGAAGAUUUUAAACAAAUUUGUGCUGAAAGGUUAAAAUUGAAGACAAUUUUUGGGGUUAAAUUUGACGAGGAAUCUGAUGAUUUUAUUGCUGGAGCGCCUUGGGAACCUCGCAGUGUAUUUGUGCCUGUUCACCCAUUAUAUCCAAAGAGUGCGUUGCCGUGGUCUGAUCAAAAUAAGGUAAUAAGCUCGGAAUGUGUUGUAAUUAAUGAUAAAGAAGUGUUUGUUGUACACCGACCUAAUCAUAAAGGAUUGAUUGGAUUUAUUAUUCCUGGCGAUUUUAUGUAUGUUGAUGGUCGUGUUCUUGGUUGUGAGCUCUACUUUUGUCGCUACAAUAUGGCUUACAUUGUUUAUGGUUAUUAUCCUCAUCCUCUUGGAAAGGGCGGUCUUCGUGAAUUAGCCUGGUGUACUCCAAUGACGAUUGGUUCAGAGAACCCAAUGUAUACACAUUGGAAAGAUGGCGGUGUUAAAGAGUUUCUGGGUUAUGUCAAACUUUGUCGAUUCAACAACUUUUAUUGCACUUUCUGCAUUCCUUUAAUUGUUGACCCAAAAAAUGUACUUCAUGGAAGAGUUUUGCUUGGAGAUUCUAAUAAAAUGUAUCAACAAGAAAAGGAACAAAAUGUUGGGAUUAGAGUUUGGCUAAAAUUUAAUUCUGACAAGAAAGUUUUUCGUUGGGAAAUUACUGGAUUAUUUGAUGUAUUCAAAACAACAACAAAACAAUUGCCUCUGUGGGCGAGGCCGUUGCCUAGUGAAUUGGAAGGUCCUAAACAUCAUGCCUUUACCUCAGUUGGUCUUAGAAUUAACCGUAAAGGAGCUGUCUAUUGCCCUCAUGUUUGCAAUUUUCCAAUGUUUAUCGACAGCAAAACAACGAACAAAUCAAAAAUUAGUCUUGGCGAUUGGUUUAGUUUUAAUGCAAUAUUUGAUGAAAAAUCUAAAAUUUAUCGAAUCUUGAGUGUUAUAAAAUUGGUUCAGCAUCAAAAAUAUUUGUUUAAACAAAUUGAUGGAGAAGAGGACGUUUUUAUGUUCAAUAUUCCUUUAACUUCGAAUUAUUUUACUUCUCGGCAUUUACUGUUUAAUGAAGAAUUUGGGUUUGUUGAAGAUGUUGAUAAAAAAAUUAUUAUGUUUACAAUUGCUUUUGAAGAAACUCAUCCAGAUACUACUGAAAGGGGUGUUUGGUGCAGAGAAAAUCCAGAUGUCGAGAAUCGUUUAGUUCCUUUUUGUGUUGUUGGAAUUGAAGAUCCUGCUGGAGUCAUUUUUUAGAAGUAAAUUGACUUUUAUUUAUUUUUGAAAAAUUAUCAUUUUUUUGAUGAUGCCUUUAAAAAUUUUAUUAUUUUUGAUCUCUCUUUUUUUUGAAUUAAAAUAAAUUUUUUAAAAUUAUUUUUUGAAUUGAAAAUUUUUUUUGAAUUGUUUUAAAUUCAAUUUAUUUAUUUUAUUUUGUUUUUUUUUAAUUUAAAAAUUCUUAAUUUUUUUUUCCUAUAAAAAAUUUUAAUUAAAUUAAUAUUUAAUUAACAACAAUUUUUUAUUUUGUGUGCUUUAACCAAAAUGCAUUGAUUUUUCUUGUGAUUUUUGAGGGGUGCUUUGAAAAGAUGUUUUGGGAGUUGGAACGGAAUGUUGCUGUGUUGUGUUUAGGUUGGGAAUUUUUUAAAAAUACUUUU